AUGCACAAAUGCGAGACAAACAAAAAUACUUCAUGCAUAGAUGGGAAGUACGAAAUUAAUCUGCUGGAACUGAUCAAGAAAAGAAGAGCACGUAUUGGAUAUUCAUUUAAGAAGGAUGAAAUUGAGAAAUCCAUACUGCAUAGAGUCCACAGCCUCUUCAACCGUGCUAUAGGAAAAUGGAAAGAAGAUGUCCAGCUUUGGCUUUCACAUGUUGCUUUUUGCAAGCAGUGGAAUGCAAAACAUCAACUUAGUAAGGUGUUUUCUUCCAUGUUGGCCAUUCAUCCUAAUAAACCAGAACUUUGGAUCAUGGCAGCAAAAUGGGAAAUGGAGACACAACUCUCGUCAGAAAGUGCUAGGCACUUGUUCCUUCGUGCUUUGCGCUUCCAUCCAGAGUGCCCAAAACUUUAUCAAGAAUAUUUCAGAAUGGAGCUGAUGCAUGCUGAAAAACAGAGGAGGGAAAAGAAGGAAUUUGAACGAGCAAAAAUGGACUUGCGGGAAUUCAAUUAUUCUGAAGAGAUUCUCGGUGGGGAAAUGGCUCGCAUAAUCUACAGGGAAGCUGCUCAGAAAAUUAAAGGUGUUGAGUUCCAUCUGGCUGUGCUUUCUAUUGCAAACCUCUUUGAUUUUACCCAAGAUUUGCAAAAAGAAAUUCUUGAAAGUUUGCAGACGAAGUAUGCUGACAGCCCUCUUAUGUGGGACUACAUGGCCCGUCGUGAGCUGGAGCUGGGGUCCCUGCAGUCCACAGAACACACCACGAAACAGAUGAAAGUGUCUGAAAUGACCCAGAGAGAGGAACGGUGCUGCGCGGUCUUUGAAGAGGCUGUGAGAGCAGUUGCAACAGAGGACAUGUGGAAAUGCUACAUCACUUUUUGCUUAGAGAGGUAUAACAGGAAAACCAACAGUGAAGAAUUAAAGCAGAAGAGGCUGGAGAGGACUCUGAGUGUGUUCAACAAAGCCCAAGAGUCCAGUUUGCUGGCAGAGACUCUCUAUAAGCAGUGGCUUCAACUGCUACUGGAGUCCAACUGCUUUGAGAGGGCUACGGAGGUGGCAGAAGCUGCAACUAAGCGCUUCAGCCUGUCAGUGGAAACAUGGCAGAUGAGGCUGCAGGUGCUGAUCCAACUGAAGAGCGGCGAUGUGACCCAGUGUUUUGAAGAAGCUGUUAAACGUGUGAAAUCUAAGGGCACUUUGCCAUUGUGGACCCUGUGGGUGGAAUGGAGCGAAGGCACGAACAGCAAGGAAGACACAGAAGCUCUCUACCAGGUACUUAUUUUGACUUAUGUGAGAUCCUACUGGACUUACAGAAGUGGUGGUUAUAAAAAAGUUAAAAGAAUCUUUACCAGCCUGUGUGAAAAUCGUCCAUUUUCACUUGACUUCUUCAGGAAGAUGAUCCAAAUAGAAAAGGAGCAGGAAUCCUGCAAAGUGCUUCAUCUGAGAGAAUACUAUGAACGUGCCUUGAGAGAGUUUGGUUCAACAGAUUCUGAUCUCUGGCUGGAUUAUAUCAAAGAGGAGCUAAAUCAUCCCCAAGGCAAACCAGAAAACUGUGGGAGCAUUCACUGGCGAGCUAUGAAGAUGCUGCAGGGAGACCUGGUGGAAGACUUUGUUUCCAAAUACACUUUAUUGCAAACUGGACAUUUAUGAAAACCUAUAAGUAGUUACAACAUGAAAAUGUGGAUUUUUUGUUAACUUCUUUGUACAAAGGUAAAUAUUUGCCUGGAUCAUAUUAAAAUGUACCUUCUUUGCAUUCUUUUAUACAUGGAGAAAAAAA